GGAGAAAAAGAUGAUUACAAGAACCAUCUGCUGCUGACACAGUAUGGCCGGCGACAUUAGCUAGCGCUCGCUCUACUCUCUCUAACGGGGAAGCAGCGGACUACAAGAGACUGAACUGUAUCUGCCUCUAUUUCCAACAAACUCGCAUUCAACUUUCGCUUACACACACACAAGCCGGGAAAUUUUUAUUAAUGCUUUUUAUUUUAAAAAGUUAAUAUAAAAUUAUAGCACACACACAAAAAAAGGAACCUGAACUUUACUAACAGCUGGAACAAUCCGCAGCGGCAGCGGGAGAAGAGAUUGACUUUAGUUGAUUUUCUGUGGUUGUUGGUUGUUCGCUAGUCUCACAGUGAUGGAAGCUGCACCUUUUUUCGAAGGGACCGAGAAGCUGCUGGAGGUUUGGUUCUCCCGGCAGCAGCCCGACGCAAACCAAGGAUCUGGGGAUCUUUGCACUAUCCCUAGAUCAGAAUGGGAUGUACUUUUGAAGGAUGUGCAAUGUUCAAUCAUCAGUGUGACAAAAACUGACAAGCAGGAAGCUUAUGUACUCAGUGAGAGUAGCAUGUUUGUCUCCAAGAGACGUUUCAUUUUGAAGACAUGUGGUACCACCCUCUUGCUGAAAGCACUGGUUCCCCUGUUGAAGCUUGCUAGGGAUUACAGUGGGUUUGACUCAAUUCAAAGCUUCUUUUAUUCUCGUAAGAAUUUCAUGAAGCCGUCUCACCAAGAAUACCCACACCGGAAUUUCCAGGAAGAAAUAGAGUUUCUUAAUGCAAUUUUCCCAAAUGGAGCAGCAUAUUGUAUGGGACGGAUGAAUUCUGACUGUUGGUACUUGUAUACUUUGGAUUUCCCAGAGAGUCUGGUAAUCAGCCAGCCAGAUCAAACCCUGGAAAUUUUGAUGAAUGAGCUUGACCCAGCAGUUAUGGACCAGUUCUACAAGAAAGAUAGUGUUACUGCAAAGGAUGUCACUCGUGAGAGUGGAAUUCGUGACCUGAUACCAGGUUCUGUCAUUGAUGCCACACUGUUCAAUCCUUGUGGGUAUUCAAUGAAUGGAAUGAAAUCAGAUGGAACUUAUUGGACUAUUCACAUCACUCCAGAACCAGAGUUUUCUUAUGUUAGCUUUGAAACAAACUUAAGUCAGCCCUCCUAUGAUGACCUGAUCAGGAAAGUUGUGGAAGUCUUCAAGCCAGGAAAAUUUGUGACCACCUUAUUUGUUAAUCAGAGUUCUAAAUGUCGCACCGUGCUUUCUUCUCCUCAGAAGAUUGAAGGCUUCAAACGUCUUGAUUGCCAGAGUGCUGUGUUCAAUGAUUACAAUUUUGUUUUUACCAGUUUUGCUAAAAGGCAGCAACAACAGCAGAGUUGAUUAAGAAAAAUGAAGAAAAAACGCAAAAAAAGAAGACACAUAGAUGGUGGUGGCUGCUUUCUAGACGUUGAUACUGGGGGGUCAUGCUUUCCAUAACCACCACCUUGUAGUUGCAAAAAGCCCUAGAUGUAAUGAUAGUGUAAUCAUUUUGAAGUGUAUGCAUUAUUAUAUCAAGGAGUUAGAUAUCUUGCAUUGUGGGGCACGCUCGCCCGGAUGCCUUGCAUCAUUAAGAGGCAGUUCUAGCUGGCCCUGCCUCCCA